AGCUGGAAUGCAGUUUUCCUGAUCAGUGUAGCCAGUUGUUGCCUGUCUGAACCUCUGCCAGUCCUGGAGCGCAGUGCUCUGAGCUCAUACUAGCGGUCCUCACUCUGCACCCCUCACUGCUGUCCUUCUCACCAGAGCCAGAAGAACUUUCCCACCUGUUCAGCCAUGGGGGAGGGCACGGCACAAGCUGAAAAGUUCCAGCUCCAGGGUUCUGAGGUGUGGCAGGAGAAGCCAGCCAGCCCCAGCCCAGUGCCCUCCUCUACUCCAAGCCCUAGCCUGAACCCGAGGAGCACGGGGGAGGCCAUCCAGGACAACUCACAGGUGAACGCCGUCACGGUGCUCACACUCCUGGACAAGCUGGUGAACAUGCUGGAUGCUGUGCAGGAGAACCAGAACACGAUGGAGCAGCGGCAGAUCAGCCUAGAGGGCUCGGUGAAGGGCAUCCAGAAUGACCUCACCAAGCUCUCCAAGUACCAGGCCUCCACCAGCAACACGGUGAGCAAACUGCUGGAGAAGACCCGCAAGGUCAGCGCUCACACUCGGGCGGUCAAGGACCGCAUGGAGAGGCAGUGUGCGCAGGUCAAGCAGCUGGAGAACAACCACGCCCAGCUCCUAAGACGCAACCAUUUCAAAGUGCUCAUCUUCCAGGAAGAAAACGAGAUCCCUGCCAGCGUGUUUGUGAAGGAGCCAGGUCCCGGCGCCGUGGAGGGCAAGGAGGGGCUCGCUGACGAGAACAAGUCCCUGGAGGAAACCCUGCACACGGUGGACCUCUCCUCGGAUGACGAGCUGCCCCCUGAGGAAGAGGCCCUGGAAGACAGUUCAGAGGAAAAGACGGGCGAAAGUACAGCAGAGAAAAUAAAAAGAUCCAGCCUCCGGAAAGUAGAUAGUCUCAAGAAAGCAUUUUCUCGCCAGAACAUCGAGAAAAAGAUGAACAAGCUGGGGACCAAGAUCGUAUCUGCAGAGAGGAGAGAGAAGAUUAAGAAAUCUUUCACUUCCAAUAACCAGAAAACAUCCUCGGGGAAAAUCUCCCCCUUCAAGGUCUCUCACCUCACUUUUGGUCGACGGAAAGUCCAAGAAGGAGAAAGCCCUGCAGAAAAGGAGACCCAGUCUGAAGACAUGCCUGGGGGUGACCAGAUGCCCAAUGAGCACGAGGAGAGCUCGCUCGCGGAGGGCCUUUCGGAGGAGUCCCUCACCGGCGCCCUGGUGGACGGGGAUGCUGGGAGGGCAGCCUCCAGAGGGAGUAACUCGGGCAGGGACAGCAACAUCGACCUGACCAUUGUGGAGGAUGAAGAAGAGCAGACAGUGGCCCUGGACCAGGCACAGAAGGUGUGCUACGAAGGAGGCGACGGGCUACCCUCCCAGGAGGCAGAGCGGGCGGCGGGGGAGCCCGUGCCGCCAGCAGUGCUCCAGGUGGACCAGAACGCCUAACCACCCAGUCUGCUGCGGCCGCCCGCAUUUCUGGUUAGGAGGCUACUAGAGCCUAGAAACAAAACUGCUGCACACCUCCAGCACUACUCACUUGCUUCUGUGUUACUGUCCUGUCGUAGUAACCAUUUAACACACAGUAGCCCACACAUAACCAAGAUUUACUGUGAAAGCAACCUGUCAGGCGCUCCACUUCUGAUUUGCUCCUGGGUUCUAUUUCUGUAGAAAUUCUCCAAGACGCCUGGAAGAAGAAAUGAAGCAGUUGAGAAACACCGAACAAUUUCAUUUAGAAAAACCAGAGACUACUUAAGAUACCAGUCACGAAAUGUGAUUCAUUUAUUUGUCAUUCCAUAAGCUUGCUGCAUAGUGUGCCAGUAAUAUGUUGAAUUUCCACAGAACUCUACUCUAUAAAUCUAAUUAUUCUUCUUCAAGUGUGUGAUAUAUAGUAUUCCUAUAUAUUUAAGCUAAAGAUGUAACUACUUUAAGAAGACAACACUUUUUUUAAAAGGUAGCAGAGAAAUUUCAGUGGUCUGUUCACUCAAUAGAAGCCAACGUUUUAUUGAAAAUGAAGGAAAAAUAGAAAGAAUAUAAUAUUCAGCUGUGAGGUAACAUAUGUAUGAAAGUGAGGACUAUUAGAAAAAGAAAACUAAGAAGGAGAAGUUGGAAAAUAAGAGAAAAAAGAAACAAAGAAUGUCAAAGAGAAUGAAGACAAAGAAAGAAAAAAAUCUAUGCAUUUAAAAGUAAAAUAUUAUAAUACUAACUCCAGUAUUCCACUCCUUAAAUAAUAAUACUAAAAAUUUCAUAUAUCCUGGAGUAUCUUCACAAUAUUUUUAUUUCCUCAUAUCUUCAAAUAAUAUGAAAAACAUAGUUUGCUGUGCUAAAGCUGCAUUUUUUCUUAAUAAAUAAAACACAUUACAAAUAUUUCUCCAAGGAAGUUCAAAAGUUUGUUGUCCCUUUAACAUUGGAAUUAACAUAAUUAAUAUAUACUGCUUUUUGUAAGAAGUUGGAUCAUACUAUUCUUUGAUGCAAUGUUUCCCAAAUUUGAAAUAACUUUUACCCUCCAGAUGAUGUAAUGUAGAUUUAUAAGAUGAAAAAUCAACAGGUAUGGGAAGGGAAGGAUUCUUUUUUUUCCUUUUUAUACAUAAUGGUAAUUUCAUUCCAGGGCAUAUUUUAUUUAUAUAUUAAUUUCACAGUAUAUUAAUAUGAUUCUUUUUAAAGCAUGCUAGUGUUUAUGUACUUGUGCACAUGUUUUCAGACAGGGUAAUUUUUACUACUGCAUAACAGUAUACUAAAAUAUUGCUUUAUCUAUUUUUAAUUACAGAAUGCUAAUGUUUAGAGAACACUGUUAAAUUAUAGUUGAAAGACAGUUGUACCAGGGAGCAAAUUCCCUAGCUUUAUUAUGUACCACUCACUGUAAGUAACCUUACAAAUAUUGGUAAUCCAAGACAGUAUUAGCAAACUGUGCUUUGUCAUAUUAAAGGGAUCAGAUUAACAAAUGUGCUGAUGUCAUAACCUAUAUAGCUAUGUCCUCAUUUUGCUAUUCUGUACCCUGAAUAUUAGAUUGUUGAACUAACAAUGGCUGUGUUAAAGAAGACUAAAUAAACCAAAAAAAUAAAAGGUAUACAACAUCAGUUUUUGAGCAGAACAGUUUUAGAACAAGCAGAAAGAAUUGAUUUGUAAACUCUUCUCCAAACAUAGCUGUAAUGUUGAUUGUUUCAAUCUUGAUUUCCCCUAUUAACUCUGCUUUUUUUUUUUGCCCUAAUCUUAUUUAGAAAUCCAAGCCUCAUUCUUCAGGUUUAACUUUCUUGACAUCACCUUGCCAGCUCUGGAAAGCAUUUGAAUUUAUUGUAGCAGCUUGAUGAAUUUGAUAGUUCCAUCUGCAUUUUUAUUGUUUGUACCAGACCUUAUAAUACCUUAAAUAGCCCUACAAACAUGAAUGUAUUGAACUGUAUGUUCAGUUUAUUCACACAGAUAAGCCUUUCUUCGUCAGUGCCACACACUUGGUAGAAGACUUAAUUCCCCUCGGGGCCCUAAGCAUAUCUGUUUGACGGCCAUGAAGUUACUGUCACUCCUCGAAGCCAAGGAGUUGGGGAAUCCAGAGCUAAUACAAACUGUACAUUUCCUUUUCCAAAAAUGCUUAGGUUAUUUGCUUCUAUCAACUAUCUACAUGUCAGUGAAAAAUCUACACUUAAUCAUCUUUUUAGAUUUCACUGACAAACAUGUACUCUAUGUUCCACAUUUGAAGCAUUACAAUUCUAAGCAAUAAAACAAAGAAUUAGGCCAGAUAAUUGUUGGAAAACACAUCCUAUAGGGAUAAGAGAGAAUAGCAGUUGUGGAAAUGAAGCUAUUUAUUCUGGAUUAUUGUUGAAUAUUUGCAUGUUAGGGAGGCUGCAAAGUCCCCAAAUUAGAUAAAUCUUCUUCCCACCCAUCCAAUAACCCAUUCCUAACUUUAUGUACCUGGAGUUCAAGAACUGGAUUAGUUUUCCCCCAAAGAUUGGUUACACUUUAAUAAACACUGAGAUCCAUAUCUUAGAAAUAUUAUUCACAAGAAAGAAGCAUCUACUACACAGAACACAAAUCUCACAGACAUAUAGCAAAGAUGUCACUUUCCUACAAGAUUUUAUUUUUAAGAUAUAUAGACAAAUAUAUUGCAACAGGAAUAUUUUCCUCUUCGUACUUAGGAAUCUAGUAUAUGAUUGAAUUUCUCUUUAUAAACGAAAUUAAAA